UUCACAGAUAUCCUUAAAACAUAAGCUUCUCUUGUUUCCAAAGCCAAAAAUGUCAACCACCAUUGAUGUCCCAGAGACAAGUAAAGUUCCUAAAGGAAAAGCAGUGUUAGGAGCACCUCCAAGGCCAGGAGGGUGGAAGAAAGGGGUAGCCAUAAUGGACUUCAUUCUUAGGUUAGGUGCCAUAGCAGCUGCUCUUGGUGCUGCUGCUACUAUGGGAACCAGUGAUCAAACACUCCCUUUCUUCACUCAGUUCUUUCAGUUUGAAGCUAGCUAUGAUAGCUUCACCACUUUCCAGUUUUUCGUUAUUACAAUGGCUUUGGUGGGUGGCUACCUAGUGCUAUCCCUACCUUUCUCUGUUGUAGCCAUCGUUCGCCCCCAUGCAGUUGGACCAAGGCUUUUUCUCAUCAUCUUAGACACUGUGUUUCUUACACUAGCUACUGCUAGUGGUGCUUCAGCUGCUUCCAUAGUAUACAUGGCACACAAAGGCGAUCAGGACACGAACUGGUUAGCCAUCUGCAACCAAUUUGGAGACUUCUGUGCGCAGACCAGUUCAGCAGUGGUCUCAUCCUUCGUUGCGGUGCUUCUCUUAGUAUUGUUGAUUGUCAUGUCUGCUUUCGCUAUUGGGAAAUAAGCCUUCUAAAUUAAUUAAGUGUUAUACUAUUACGAUUAUAUUAUAGAUGGUGCGUAUGUUUAUUAAUUCUGUUUCCUAAGUCUUCCUCGGCUUGUGAGGUUUUACUUUCCUUCAAGUAAUGGUAUGCAUGACGAAUGGAUUACUUGUAUAAAUUUGGUCAGAUGUUUGAAGCUUGAGCCAAUGUGUUUCACAGUGAAGUGCUUAUUCUUCACUUUUCUA